GUGUGUGCGCGCGUGCGCGUGUGUGUGUUGCAGCGGGCUGUCGGGGCCUGAACGCGGCGUCAGCCCCGUGUCUGUGUGCGUGUGUGUGUGUUGCAGCGGGCUGUCGGGGCCCGAGCGCGGCGUGAGCCCUGUAUCUAACAUGUGUGCGCGUGUGUGUGUUGCAGCGGGCUGUGUGGGCCCGAGUGCGGCGUGAGCCCUGUAUCUAACAUAUGCGUGUGUAUGUGUGUUGCAGCGGGCUGUCGGGGCCCGAGCGCGGCGUGAGCCCCGUGUACCUGCGCUGCGCGCAGGGCCGCCUGGACUGGUCGUACCCGCGCGGCGCGCUGCGCGUGCUGCUGCGCCUGGGCGGCGCGGGCCACGACUUCCGGGGCUGCGUGCGGCUGGGCGAGCGCGCCGCCGGCGCGCGCCUCUUCCUCGAGGGCCCGCGCUCGCUCGCGCCGCUCUUCGAGGACGAGGACGGCGCGCCGCGGCGCCUGGCGCGCUGCUUCCGGUCGCGCGGCGGGCAGGCGGCGCUGUACGUGGAGUCGGUCCCCGCGCCGCCCGGUGACUUUGGCAAGCGCGUCAUGUCCUUCACCUACGACCUGGAGCCGCUGCCUCGCGGCGCCAAGGGAUACGACCCUGCGGAGCGAAUAUCAUGA